GAGGCGCUACAAUGUAACCGAUGGGCGAAGCGCUCGGAUACAAUGUAACUGACUUCCGGCUCUUUGCUCUCGCUCUGGCGGUUGCUGCAGACAAGGAGCAUGGAGCGAAUGGGACGCUCCGGAGUUUCCAAAUGGGACAUCCGAAACAAAAUUUGGGAUUACAUGGAAGCCAAUAACCUGGCUGAUUUCCCAAGACCGGUCCACCAUCGGAUUCCUAAUUUCAAGGGAGCUUCUCUCGCCUGUGUGAGGAUUUCAGAUUUGGGGGAAUUCCGGAGUGCCAGGAUAGUCAAAGCCAACCCUGAUUCUCCCCAGAAGGACAUCCGCUUUUUAAUUCUGGAAGGCAGGAAAACCCUCCUGGUGCCCACCCCACGUUUGCGUACCGGGCUGUUCAACAGAAUUGUGCCUCCUCCGGGGGCCACAAAGGAGACCCUAAGAAAUUGUGCCACCUCCCGAGGUGUUAGAGAUUAUAGUGUCCCCGUAGGGUUAGAUGCAAAAGUCCACGUGGAUCUGAUUGUGGUGGGAUCUGUGGCUGUUUCUGAGAAAGGAUGGAGGAUUGGGAAAGGAGAAGGCUUCGCGGACAUGGAAUAUGCCAUGAUGGUUUCUAUGGGGGCAGUAGGGGAGAGGACAGCCGUCAUCACAGCAGUUCAUGAUUGUCAGGUAGUGGAUAUUCCAGAAGAACUUCUCGAUGACCACGAUCUAACUGUGGAUUAUAUCCUUACCCCAACGAGGAUCAUCAAGACAGAAUGCAAGCGCCCAAAACCUUGGGGAAUCAUGUGGCAUAAGAUCAGCCGGGAGACUCUGCAGAGAAUCCCAGUCCUCAAGAUCCUUCACGACCGAGAGAGGCUGGAAGGCAAAGAUGUCCACCUCAAAGAUGAACGGCCUGAUACUUUGGCCGCCGAGAAGACACUGAGAGUAGCCGGUGAGAACUUUCCAGGAGGCAGUAGGUCGCAGGCGGAGACCAGCUUGGCCCAACCAAGGCGAGAAGGAGAGGCUUUACUGGAUGAAAGAGGCCACCUCAGUGCUUCUGCUACUGUCUAUGUGGGCAACAUCUCCUCUGGAACCAGGGUGAGUGACCUAAAGGAGGCCCUCAGAAUGCACCACGUGACUCCAGCAAGGCUCUCCUGGCGAGGCGCGCAACGUCAAGCGUUCCUCAGCUACGGCGAUAGAUCCAAGGCUGAAGAGGCCAUGAUGGCCUUGAAAGGCUUAUCUCUCCAAGGCCGUUUGUUGAGGGUUGAAUGGGCCAGGAACCAGGGGGGGCAAAAUGGCGCCUGGGCCCCGUUGACGGAGAAGGACCUGCUGAAAGAGAGUUCAGCUUGACGGUAGAAUGGCAGCCAUCUGGGAUGCUGACCUUUUGCUGAGGUGGCCUACUGGAGAUGAGGAUGGAAUGACAUCUGGAUGGUUCCGAUUAUUUAUCUGACCGCGAUUCUCUUGGCCUUUUGAUGUUUCCACACCAUUUGGGGGAGGAGGUGUGGUGAAGAAGCUGUAGAGCAGAUUAACGCAAUUGCCUUGUUAUCUUCUGGAUAGAGUUAAACCAAUGUCCUUCGUAGGUAGUCACGUUUGCUGGAGAAGGACGUGAAGCAAAACGUCAAAAUUGGCCUCUGUCCUCACACGGACAUCACAAAGCAGCUCUGAUUCAUUGUGUCUUGUUAUCCAUGGUCCAUAGAAGGUGAGAAGAUAUCAGACCUAGGAUUUUGCAUCAAGCCUUGAAGAGGUUAACAUGCUCUAUUGGCCUGCAGAAGGGAAGGUCCUCUUUGGCCUUUGGCUGGCCUCUACUUUCGGCCAAGGGUUUGUUCCUUUGCAUAGCACAACUCUGGAGUAAAGCCUAUCAUUUGUUGGGGUGGCAAUCUCCAUCUCAGAUCCUUGUUGUGUAACGUAUAGAAAGGCAAGUGUUACUGAGUUGAUCUUUAGCAAGCAAAGAGUUCUUGGUUUGCCAAUAUAUAUAUAUUUUAGCUUCCUCCCAUAAAUGGGGCUUACCAGGGGUUGUAAAAAUCUAAUAGA